AUGCCGAGCCAACUGGAGGGAGCCAUGGACGCCAUGAUCAAGGUCUUCUACAACUACUCAGGGAACGACGGGGACAAGUACAAGCUGAACAAGGGCGAGCUCAAAGAGCUCCUGACCAGUGAGCUCACCGACUUCCUCACGUCCCAGAAGGACCCCCUGCUCGUAGAGAAGAUCAUGAACGACCUCGAUUCCAACAAGGACAACGAGGUGGACUUCAACGAGUUUGUGGUGCUGGUGGCGGCGCUCACCGUGGCAUGCAACGACUUCUUCCAGGAGCAGCAGAAGCUGAAGGAUAAAUAG